GAUCGAUAAACGAUACGUCGUCGGGGUAACGAAUACGAACGAAGAGCACCGAAGAGAGUCGAAGUAUUACGGAAAGUACCGAACAUUAAUGAAACGUAGAAGGGAGGAAACGAGACGCGUAAGCGGACGACGCUGCGAGGUCUUCUUCGGCUUCGGUUGAAAGAAAGUGUUCGCGUCUACGGGCGCGGCUUUUGAGUCUCGAGCUGGCGUUUUACAUGGGAAAAUGUCUUCCCUCAACUAUCUCGACUUGUGUCGACUCUGUCUCGUGAAGGAACGUGUUACUGUGCCGAUUUUUGAGGGCGAGGGUGAUACAAGACAAAUUUAUCUCAAAAUAACCGCCUGCCUACCGGUCAAGGUCGAUAGAGAAGACAAGUUACCUAAGAAAAUAUGUAAUGACUGUGUGUAUAAAGUAGAAUUUAUUUAUGACUUUUGGAAUACAUCUGCUAGUUCACAAAAGAAAUUCUUAGAAUGGUUGGGAGAAGAUGGAUUGGAGGACAAAUCAAAUUAUGCUACAAAUGUUCUCAAUCAGAACAUAAUGAAAUCAGAUCCAAACGCUGGUAACAGAUUAGAUGGAAGUAUGAUGCAGCAAGUAAAUGAACAUCAAAACAAUAUGGGUAUGGGUAUGAUGGACAACAUGAAUCUAAAUAUCCCCAUGAUAAUGUCCUCGACCAAUCAACAACAAAUAACCUCAGUUCCUAUGGACACAAGCAUUAGUUCAGUACAAUCUGUACAAGAAAUGCCUGGUACAAGUACUCAAUCUACGCAUGAACAAAUCACACAAAAUCAAACUAACACGAGUAAUCAACAAGAAGAAGAAGAAGAGAGUAGUGAAGAAGAAGAAAACUCGGAAGAUGAAUGUGAUGGAGAUGAAGGCCUACCUGUUAAAGAAGAAAAUGAAGAAGAUCCCAACAAUAGCAGAGUCAUUGAACCAACAACAUUUGUAAACGUUUCAUUAGCUUGUGAUGAAGCUGGACCUUCCGGACUUCAACAACAGAAAGUUACUGAGAUACCUGAAAUAGCAAUGCAACAAUCUGCAGAAGGAGAUCCCAAAUCUGGAUUUGAUCACGAGGCUACUUACGACUCUCGCGGUAUUUUCUUCUACGAUAAAGAAUCGGUGGUAAUGAGGAAAUGGCAGAUUUUAGAGUUUGAUGGAAAGCCGUAUUAUGCAUUUGUACCGGAGGAUGAUGUACCGUUACCAGACGAUAAUAUUCCUGAAGAAUUGGAGGAGAUUAUAAAGAAUGAUGAAGAAUUUUUGAAAGAAGAAGGGAACGAAGUGGAAGAUGAAUUAGAAGAAGAUAAAGAAUACAAUAAGGAAACAAAAGUGGAAUGCUUUUAUACAGAAGAAAGUUUACAAUAUGAUUCUAUAGAUGAGAACCUUUAUGAAGAAGAAAAUAUUUUUAAUGGAGAUUACGAGCAAAAGGUAGAAGAAGAGGAUGUAAAACCGAUUUUAUUUAAUGGUAGUAACAGUGUAGAUAAUAGAAACACGGUGGGAGAUUUAUAUCAGUUGAAACUUCAAGGUAGCACAGUAACUCUCGAAAAGCUUUUCUCUACAGAUGUCAAUGAAAAAUCUGAAAAUAUUUUUCUAACUGAGGAAACUUAUAACAAAGAUACUGAAGAAGAUGAAGGUGAAGUAGAAUAUCUGGAAAGUGAAAUCAUAGGAUCUAUGAAUGAUCCUUUAUCUCCAACGAAAAGUAAAAAAAAAGUUUCGAACACUGCAUUAAAAUGUAAACUCUGUUCGGAGAUGUUCAACUCAGCUAUAUCCUUUCGAAAGCAUGUUGCGUGGACUCACAAAAAAAAAGUGUGUAUAAAGGAGGAUGGUGCUUACAUAUGCGCUGUGUGUGAUUAUAGAACAUUAAAGAAAAGCUUAUUCGCAGCACAUCUUGAAAGAAAACACGAAACCUGGUCUAGAAAACGACAGAACAAUCUAGUAUUUCCUUGUGAUGUUUGCGGAUUCGAAUGUAGGUCCAAACACUCAUUACAGUCACACUUUAUAAGAAAACAUACUGAUCGAUAUGAACAUCAAUGCAAAUUUUGUCCAAAAAAAUUUAAAGUUAAGGGUGAUCUUACGAAUCACGUAAGAUUUCAUCAUAAAGAAAAACCAUUAAAUUGUAACGUUUGUGGAAAGGUUUGUCAAAAUAGUGGUUCUCUUUAUGUUCAUCAAAAAUGGGCUCAUUAUAAACCGAAAUAUGAAUGUCAUAUUUGUAAAAGACGAAUGGUGACUCAGGAAAAUCUUGAUCAACAUCUUUUAAUGCAACAUGAAAAAAGAGAAAAAAUCGUAUGCGCGGAAUGUGGUAAAACCUUCACAAAAAAAGACUCUUUCAAGAGACAUAUGGCUGUUCAUACUGGGUGCAAACCGCAUUCUUGUCUCAUUUGUAAAAAACCUUUCGCAAGAAGAUCGCAACUAAGACAACACUUGCUAAUACACACAGGAAAGAGACCAUUUGUUUGUGACAUUUGUGGAAAAGCUUUCACCCAAAAACCAGGUCUAAUUUGUCAUAGAAAGACACAUCCUGGUCCACAUCCACCAUUACCUGUGAUGCCAAUCGCUGAUAUUGUUAAGGAAUUUACUGAGGAAUAUGUUCAAGAAAUCAAUGCUCGUGAAAAUGAUGAGAGAGUUAUUGAGGAAACAUAAAUAUCCGAUCCAUUGAGUGUGGACAUUAAAUCCGCUCAUCUGUCUUCAUUGAAACUUGAAUAUGACGAACACAACAAAACAAGAUCUUUGAAACAAGCUGAUAACGAGGAUAACUCUCUCAAAAAAAUAUCUGUUCUCUUUGUAGAUCGUUUCAAAGAUGAAAGUACAUUAAAUAUCAAAGGAAAUUCAAAAAAGAAAGUAGAUAAAAACGUGGAAUGUGAUCAUUGUCAACGAAGAUUCAGAAAAAAAAGUAAUCUAAUAGAACACUUAAAACAACACAAACAUAAAUGUACCGAUUGUUCGAAGACAUUUAGUCUUCGACGUUAUUUAAUCUCUCACAUUGAGAGAAUUCAUCAUCGUCAGAUCUACGAGUGUAGCGUUUGCGAGUAUAAAAGUAAUAACAAAGGUACCCUGAAGAAUCAUUAUAUUUGUUUACACACUAAUAGUUAUGAUUAUUCCUGCGAUACCUGUGGCAAAUUAUUCAAGAUCAAGAAGGCUUUGAAUCACCAUGUUAAACAAAAUCACAGUGGUGCACCACCCAUUGUAUGCGAUGUUUGUGGGCACUUCAGCAAAAACCUUCAUGCAUUGAAAGCUCAUAUGAAAUACAGACAUUAUAAACCUGAGUUCGUGUGUCGUAUUUGUAGACGCGGUAUGACCACUCGUGAAAAUCUUGAACAACACUUAGCUUGGCACGAGAACAGAGAAAAGGUUCUCUGUCCUACAUGUGGAAAAAGAUUUCGAGGUCGUGACCUCGAUUCUCACAUGCGAAUACAUACUGGUGUCAAGCCUUUUCCCUGUCCAGUUUGCGGUAAAUCUUUUAGAAGACAAACUGCUCAAGAACAACACGUUCUUAUACACACUGGAAAAAGACCUUACAUUUGUGAUAUUUGUGGACAAGCUUUUGCACAAAAACCUGGCCUAAUUUGUCAUAGAAAAAGACAUCCUGGUCCUUUACCACCUCUACCUGUAGUAUCUGUCAAAAGUAUAGUUACUGAAUUCACUAGGGAAUAUUCAACGAAAAAUACGAUAAAGAUAGAGCAACAGAAGAAGAAAUCGCAAGGUAUGCAUGAAUGUAUCAAGUGUCGUGCUCGUUUCUGUCACAUGAUGAAAUUAGUCGAACAUUUGAAAAAUCUUCAUAGCAUUGAACGCGCAUUCCAUUGCGACGAAUGUGGAAAAGCUUUUCGUAGUCCAAUGAACAUAACACGUCACAAACUGAUUCAUACAGGUCAAAAAAAAUUUACUUGCGAUAUUUGCGAUUAUGCUUCUAAUCAAAAAUCAAAUUUGGAGUCUCAUCUUCGCAGGCAUAGAAAGGAUUACGUUUACAAAUGCGAAAAGUGUAAUAAAGGAUUCUUCGAUAAGGCAGAAUAUGAAGAACAUUUUAAUGUACACAUAAAAGAUAAAUUUUAUCAAUGUGAAUACUGUAAAAAAUUGUAUUUAUAUAAAAAAAACUUGAAUAGGCAUUUGAAAACUCAACAUGCGAAUUUAUCGUCUAAUACGAAUGUUCUAAGUCCAACAACAAACAAACUCAUUGACAAAAGCUACUUGUCCGAUGAAAAGUUGUUAAAAAACAAAUCUUCUAAGAUAAUCACUAGGAAGUAUCUUUGUGAUUUGUGUGGUAAAGCGUUGUCCUCGCAUAAUAGACUGGCGAUUCAUAGACGUAUGCAUACUGGUGAAAAAAUAGCCAAGUGUGAAAUGUGUGCUAAGAAAUUUACUAGUAAAGAGAAUUUAAAAAUUCAUUUGCGAAUUCACACUGGAGAAAAACCACACAUUUGCUCCGAAUGUGGUAGACGUUUUACACAAAGAACAUCUCUGGUUAUGCAUCUUCGUUAUCAUUCGGGAGAUAGACCAUUUAAAUGUCCUGAUUGUGAUAAGAGUUUUAUUUCCAGUACGUUUCUUAAGAACCAUCGUAAAGUACAUGACAAGGACUCUACCAAUACUAAAAAAGUACUUGUAACGGACAGUAAUCCUUUAGAAUUAGACCCAUUGAUUUAAAAACAAAAAUCUGAUACGAAUGAGAAAGUCUGUGAUAUAUGCAAACAAAAAUUCCUUUUUGUAACAAGACUGGUUGCUCAUCUAAGGAUUAUUCAUGGGAUUCAUCGACCAUUUAAAUGUAUGAUUUGUGAGAAAAACUAUCCUCAACAAUUUAUGCUAAAUGCUCACGUAAAAAAAUGUCACACACCAAAAACUGUACUGUGUACUCAAUGUACCUUUAUGGGCGUUGAUACGAGUGACGUAGAAAGACAUAAAAAGCGUCAUCAUCGAGAAGAAAAGUUUACUUGUGAGAUUUGUAGCGAGAUAUUUACCGAGAAAGAUGUACUUAUCACUCAUACGUCUAUGCAUAAUUUUAUGAAGCAUCAUCAGUGUAAUGCAUGCGGUGGAAUAUUUAAUGAUGUUUUAAGCUUAAAAGAACAUAAUCGUUUGCAUCAUUACGAUCCCAACAGUGUAAUGACAGACAACAAGCACAUGCGAUCGGAUUGUCAAAGUUCGGAUCACAAAUGUGAAAUUUGUGGAAAAAUGUUCAAAUACAAAUCAAUUUUAAAACAACAUAAAGUGAAGGCCCACGGUAACUGGUUGAACUACGAGAGACGUCGAUAUCUUUGUGCUUUGUGUGGCAAGGAACUAAAAACAGCAAAAGGUCUCGAGAUUCAUAACAGAUCUCAUACAGGUGAAAAACCAUACACGUGCGAAAUUUGCGGCAAGUGUUUUACUUGCGAAACUAUUUUAAGGACUCACAACGUCACACACACGGGUGAAAGAAAAUAUACAUGUGAUCAGUGUGGUAAAGCAUUCACGCAAAGAUCCACACUUGUCGUUCAUAAAAGAUAUCACUCAGGUGAAAGGCCUUACGUGUGUUCUCAAUGUGGCAAGGGUUUCGUCACUAGAACGGUUUUGAAUACUCAUAUGAAAUCGUGUCGAUAAAAAAUUAUACUCUUGAGAUUUAAAAAAGUUCGAUCUUUCUACUUACACUUCCAUGUCUAUAGAAUUUGAUAUUUACAUUUACACUUGUAAUAAAUAAAUAAUAAAUUUGUAUAUACAAUAAUUUGACAAUUCUUCCUAAGUGAAAUUAAACGAUC